GUUAUCAAAGUUAAACGCCCGGCUAGACGAGUGUUUAAAAUACUAAAUGUCUUCGCAGGUGAAUUAACCAAUCAGAGAAUAAAACACCUUACACUCAUCCAAUCACAGCCUACUUCCUGCAAUACGGACGUUGUCCAAAGAUGGCUGCUGCAGUAACAGUGAAGGAGAAAAGUCCAUUAGUGUUUGAGAGAACAAAAUAACUUUGGAAGGAUAUCAACAGCUGCUUAAAAGACACAUAAGUCGGUGUCAAAAACCAGAGCCCAUCUCCUGGUGGUAACCUGCAGGUGUUGCUGCGCUUUCCUGUCACUCUGGCAGAGGACGGUUUCCAGGUGGGAACUCCCAGCAGCACCACCCUGCCUCCGCCUGCUUUUCCUCGCCUCUGCAUAUGAGUGACCUGAAGGCGUCGGGAAGAAACGGCCCCGCUGUGGGCUCCCCACGUCUGGACGCGCUGCGGUGGCACUGAAGGCCUCUUGCCAGGCGUCGAUGACAGCUUGAGAAGCAGAGCAUGUGGAGUGGUCGGGGUCGGCAUGGCGACGCAGGACAAGAAGCAGGAGGCAGAUGGUGUGACUCGUGGCCUUUCCACCAGCCAGGCUCUGGUGAAGCUCCGGGACCAGCUGAGCAGCCUGCUGGAGCAGCACCAGAGAGCCACACGGAGACGGGUUUCUUGGCUGGAACAAUGGCAAAAUAGCUUCAUUUACCAUGGCAACCGACAAUCCUGUCUCCACUGGCCAGGCGGGGCUCUGACUCUUCUGGUGGUGGUGGGACUCCUCUGCUGCCAUGGCAGCCAGCCGAAGGGCAGCUCUGGUAUAGAGAUGGUGAAUUCUGCAGCCCUGCUCCUUCUCUUCCUGUUAAACCUGCUUCUGGUCGGACGCCAGGAGAGACUCAACAAAACCGAGAUGGUCCGGCGCCUCAGACGCAUCAUCGCACAGCUCAAUGAUUAUCUGUCAGGGUGUGUGGCUGAAAUUCAGUGGCCUUCUUCUCUUUACCCUGACCUCUACACGCCCUCGUCUCCAUCAUGGUCACUUCACUGGACCUACCGGGAUUCCCAGCUGGUUAACCUCCCCGUCAGUCUGCUGGUGGAAGGAGACAUCAUUGCUCUACGACCUGGCCAGCAGGCGUUUGCAUCUCUCAGGGGCGUCAAGGAUGAUGAGCACAUAGUGUUGGAACCAGGAGAUUUAUUCCCACCGUUAUCGCCUCCCCCUUCACCUCGGACUGAGAAGAGGGGGCCCCAGAGCCCCCAGCAACACCGCCUCUUCAGAGUGGUUCGGACCCCGGUGCUGGAGCCGGUCAGGAACGCUUUGGAGCUGGCCCUGUCCCGGCCCAUCACAGUGCUGGAUAAUGAGAGGUUUACUGUUCAGUCCAUCAUCACGAAGCUCGUCUGUCCUGUUGUGCUGGUGGCGUUCCUGGUGGUGAACACAAUUCGCUUUUUCUGGCAGGCCCCCAGCAUCACUCCUCCCUGCUACAACUUCCUUCAGCUCCAGCUCAUGGCUGUGCUGCCCAUCCUGCCGCUGCUCUUCCCUGUCAUGUGGGUCCUGGUAAAUGCCUUUGGAGAGGCCAGAGUCCUGUCUGAGUUCAGUCGCGCAUCUCCAGCUGGCUUGCUUGCUAAGUUCUCUGAGGACACUCUAAGCAGCUACACCGAAGCAGUUUCCUCGCAGGAUUUGCUGCGCUGUGUCUGGAGACACAUGGUUGGCGUGUUGAAGGGAGAAUCUGAGACUCUGUGCUACACUUCCAGCCUGCUGCACACUCUGGGCUCUGUCACUGUGCUGUGCUGCGUGGACAAACAGGGCGUCCUGUCAUGGCCAAACCCGAGUCCAGAGACGGUUCUGUUCUUCAGUGGGAGAGUGGAACCGCCUCACAGCAGCCAGGACGACCUCCGAGACGACCUGUCGGUGAACUCCUACUGCCGGAUGGAAACCGAAGAUGACCGGGAUGAGUCUCAAGAAGCAGAGACUCUGCUCUGUCCCCCGGAGGAGCCCGCCGUCCAGCUGGGGGACGCAGCCGAGCCCAGUGAGACGACGUCGCAUGACGCGGCUCGCCCAUCUGAGACGGUCAGACUCCGGCGGCCUGUUCAGCCCACGACACAUUCCCGGACCAAACAUCACUCUGGAUCCAACGUCAGCUUCAGCCACGACACCGAGGGAGGCGAGGAGGAGCAGGAUUUUGCUCUGGGCUGUCCAGAAGCCGAGGCAGAGGACUUUGUGUGCGACUACCACCUGGAGAUGCUGAGCUUGUCUCAGGACCAGCAGAACCCGACCAGCAUCCAGUUCGACGAUCUCUCCUGGCAGUGCCACCUGCCCUCUCUGAAGCCGCUGGGCCUCAACAUCAUGCUGAACCUGUGCAACGCCGGGGUCACCCAGCAGCUGUGCCGCUUCUCAGACCAUCUGUCCAACCUGGCCCUGCAGGAGAGCCACGGCUCCGUGCUGCCCGUCUACGUUCCCUGGGGCCUCUGUGAGCUCUCCAGGCUGAUUGGCUUCACUCCUGGAGCCAGGGAGCUGUUUAAACAGGAGAACCACCUGACCCUCUACCAGCUGCCAUCCAGAGAGAAGACCAAGGAGUUCACCUCUCGUCGCCUCCCAUCCUUCACCAAGCGCCAGCCCCCCAUCUCCCACCUCAUGUCCCUGUGUGUGCGAGACUCCUCCUCCAACAGCGUCCAGAUGCUGUCACAUGGUUCAGCUGACCUGAUCCUAGAGGCCUGCACUGACUUCUGGGAUGGAACUGAUAUCUACCCCCUUUCAGGCUCAGACAGGAAAAAGGUACUGGACUUCUACCAGCGUGCCUGCCUGUCAGGUUACUGCUCCGCCUUUUCCUACAAACCCAUGCAGGUGUCGCUGUCCGGCCAGCUGAACGGGAAGUGUGUGGAGCUGGCCUUCGGUCCCUGCCUGUUCUCUGGCGUUGAGCUGCCCUCCACCACGCCCAUCAAACACAACCUGUGCAGGAACAGCUGGAGCUCAGACGAGGGGAUCGGAGAGGGAGCGGAGCGGGAGGACUGUGUCCAGGCGCUGAGUGGACAGAUCUUCAUGGGGAUGGUGUCGUCUCAGUUCCAGGCCAAGCUGGACACGGUCCGUCUCAUCGACGCGCUGGUCACUGCUUGCAUCCGCUUUGUGUAUUUUUCCAUGGAGGAUGAGCUGCGCAGCAAGGUGUUUGCAGAGAAGAUGGGUUUAGAGACAGGCUGGAACUGUCACAUAUCUCUGACUCCAAACGGAGACGGCCCCUGUGAGGGGACUCCGUCCAGCCCAGGACACGGCUCCCUGCACGAAGACCUCCACCAGGACUCCCGGGACGAGGCGGAGGGUCCGCUGCUGCAGGAGGAGGAGGCCCAGUCCGACCUGGCCAGCUUCCAGCCGACAGAUAGCGACGUGCCAAGCUUCCUGGAGGAUUGUAACAGAGCCAAGCUGCCUCGGGGGAUCCACCAGGUCCGUCCUCAUCUGAAGAACAUCGACAAUGUGCCUCUUUUAGUGCCGCUCUUCACCGACUGCACCCCCGACACCAUGUGUGAGAUGAUGAAGAUCAUGCAGGAGAACAGGGAGGUGACCUGCUGUCUGGGAAGCUCCGCCAACUUCCGCAACAGCCGCCUCUUUCUGCAAAGCGAUCUCAGCAUUGGGCUGGACCCUCUGUAUCCGUCUCAGUGCUCAUGGGAGACCUUUGGCUACGCCACAGGAGGAGGCUUCAGCGGAGAGGCUGAAGGACUCUCUCCUCUCAGACUGUCAGGACAGCUGAACAGCCUGGGCUGCUCCGUCUCCUUCCACCAGGGAAACAGCGUUAGCUUGAUUAAACUCAUAGAGCAGGCACGACACACAACGUCUGGUAUCCGCAAGUGCUUUCUCUUCCUGCUGCAGUGCCAGCUCAGUCUGGUCAUUCUUCAGUUCUUGGCCUGCCUCGCUCAGCUUCCUCCUCCCAUGAACACCACUGACAUCCUCUGGAUGUCCUGCUUCUGCUGCCCUUUACUCAGUGUGUCACUGUUGGGAAAGCCACCGGACAAUUCGGUUAUGACAGUUGCCACAGGGAAGAACCUGGAUUCAAUCCCAAAGAAGACUCAGAACUACUUCCUGGGCUGUUUCUUCUUAAAGUUCGGCCUCUCGGUGUGUGUGUACCUGUUGGUGUUCGGCUUCACCCUGCAGACUGUGUGCCCUGUUGGCACCAACCUCACCCUGAGUAACAACUCCAUAACAUGCAGCUCCAUAUUCACAGCCAGCUCAUCACAACAGUCCCUGGAGUGGUUUGGUGAUCUGUCCAACGGCCUGCUGCUGACCCAGAAGCUCAUGGCUGGUUUUCUAGUGCUGCACACAGUGGCGAUCUCCCUCAGCUACGUCCACCGCUCCCAGCCUCUGUGGAGGAAGACUCCCUUCAACAACACCUGGUGGUGCCUCACUGUGCCCGUGGUACUGCUGGGCCAGGGCGUUCAGGCCACAGUGGACUACCAGCUGUGGCGGGACCAGAGCAGCCCUCUGACCUUCAGCCUGGCCAGCAUUCCCCUGGAGGUGUGGCUGCUGGCCUCCCUGUCCCCGCUGCUGGUAGUGCUGGUCAACGAAGUGGUGAAGCUGCAUGAGAUACGGGAUCGGGUUCGGUACCAGAAGAGACAGAAGCUGCAGUUUGAAACAAAACUUGGGAUGAACUCUCCUUUCUAAAGCCCCUCCCCCCCACCUCACUGCCCUCAUCAGAGGACGAUGAUGUUCUGGCAGCUCUGGGCGCCGGCUGGUUCCCUCCAGAAACCAGCAGCCUUUCUGCUCCCCCUGCAGGGAGGAGCAGGUGUCAUGGUGGACGGUGGUUGACCUGCUGCUGCAGCUGGCCGAGCCGGGGCCAGAGCCGGAGCCGGACCUGCGGCACCUCCACGUGGUAGUAGAGGCGUGAGGAACGCUGUCGGACAUGUUUACUGUAUAUUCCCCAGGUUCCGCUCUGUUCUCCACCACCAGGAUCCAUGUGCAUGUUCUCCAGGAAUGCUCCACGUCCCGUAGAGCGCUGCAGCUGACAUUCACCUCAUCACUGUGUAUCAUAGUUCAUCAGUCUUCACAAAAACGUGGCAUCCUUUUUUUUUUACCCUUCUUUAAAUGUAAAUGUAGGGCUAAAAAAAAAACAAAAAAAAAAAAACAUGACCGCCUGAAACUAUGGAGCCUCAAUGUGUGCAAGAAUUUCAGAGAAAUGGCCUAAAAUAAGCUGUGGAGAAAAAUAGUAACCUAAGGAAGUGGAGAAUAUUUAGUGUAAAUCCUGAACUAUUUCUCAAUAACUUUAAACACUUUUUAAAGCUUUUAUUUCAUCUCUUGGAUUUUUAGUUGACUUCUUUACAAACAUGAUAUGAACGGUUUCCCUGGAGACCUCCUCAGCCAAUCACUUGAGAUCAUCAUGGUCACCCGAGCUGAGACCAGCAUGCACCAGCACAGUUCAGCAAUAGGAUGCCAUGAACCCGGCUACUGGUUAGAGUUCUCACUACUGCUGUUAAACAACCACUUCCAGUGAAAAUAAAAUGUUGGAGGUCAUUUUGUUUGUCCCUGUGUGUCCGUCUGGCCCGGUGUGUCCGUCUGGCCCGGUGUGUCCGUCUGCAGCGUGUCACGGUGUUUGGUGCAUGUAGUCCCCAUGUUCUGCCACACAAUAGGUUUGAUACAUAUAUACACAUAUACAUGUGUACAUACAUAUGUAUGUAGAUAUGUGUAUGCAUAUACACGUGUAUAUAACAAUUGUAGAAGAUCCCAACAAAAUUUUCUUUAAAAUAGUAAAAUAUUUCUGCCAUGUGAUUUCCACUCAAAAGUGGCAAUAUGCACGUUUAUAUAAAAUCUAUAUUUUUUAAAACCUACUGGCACACCUGGGAUUUCUUGUGCAUUUCGUGGUUGCUAUGGUUGCUUGAGGAACAAAGCAGGUUCAUAAAUUUGACUGGCAGCCAAUCAGAAAGAUGGGCAUGGCAAACAACAUUUCAGCAAACAACGGCAUUUAAAUGGAUACUUUUAAUAAUUAUUGAAAAAGAGAUGAGAUUUUAUGAUUAAAAAAAAAAAGAUAAAAAAAUUUAUAGUUUUGAUUUUUUUUUUUUUUAUUCCUUUAGUCAGAAACCCAGAGGGAUUUGUUCCGUUUAGCUCAGUAACCGGCUAACUGCUAGCCGCUAUUAGCCAUUCCCACAAUUAAGGAGCGAGGGCAAAAUGUGCGCUAACAGAUUUGCCGCAGACUUUAUGGAGCGAGCUGAGAGAACGGCAGCCAUUUAUUACUGCAGCUGUCACUAUUGUAGUAGCGUGGCAGCCAUGUUGAUUUUGAGUUUUGGCUCGGUGUGAAGAUCUAUCCAAACUCACAGGUUAGAGUUUCCGGUCCAGUUUUUCCGACUUUUGAGUCCUAAUCGAGCCGGAACAAUCCCAUAAUUCCUUGUUUUCAACCACGUGAGAACGUCUGCCGUCUGCAUGGAAACUGAGUCCAGUUUGUUGGGAACUAUUUCCUGCAGCUGCUGCUGAAUGUACCGAAACGUCGGAAUCUGUUGGUGCUUGAAAACAACCAAACUUUUCAUUGGAAGUGACAACUUGCCAUAAAACCUGAAUUAAUUUUUUUUAACGGAUGUAUUGUCACUACCUCUAAAAACAUCAUGACCCACAAGCUUUUCUCUGCUGCGUUUGGAUCCAGAUUGAGUUGUUUUAUUCAUACCUACCUUCAGCCAAAUCUACUACAUUAUGACUUUGUUAAUGGAUGUUUGUGCUGAAUUACCAGAUUCUUCUAGAUGCAUUUUAUGCCUCAGUUGCUUCAGCCUCUAGUUUUAAUCUAAAACUCAGCUGAAGGAUCUCAACUUAUAGAGGUCAAUUUUAUGGUGCAGAGAUUUAAUAUCUGAAUUGGCUAAAAAGCAUCCAGAGAUUCUGGUCCUAUAAUAAUCUAAAAAUGUUUGAUUAUUAGGUGAAUCUGGGAAAGCUGGCCGGGGAACAGUGGGGUCACGGCGGGGUCACGGCCACACGAAGGACCGGAGCGUCAACCUGAGAGCAGAUCGCUCCCUUACAGUCUUCAGAUCAGACAAAACAAUACUUUAAAUAAGCGUCAUAAAUAAAAUAAAAAAACACAUAAAUAAAAUAAAAAACACACACAUCGCUCCUGGCCGUGCUGGAAUGUGACAGAACGCUGUUAGCUUGAAUUUGAUCAUUUUAUUUGGAAAUCUUGCCAUAACUACAUGUUGCAUUUCAUGCAGAGUUUUUAAAAACACCGACAGAACUGAGACUUAAAUAAAAGCCUGAGGCCAAGCAGCCUGGUGUGUGCUGGUCAUCUUCCUCUGAUGGUCACUACUGGUCACACUGAGGUCAGGGCUUUCACUGAACUCAUCAGUUAUAUAAAGUCAUAUAUUAUACAGGCUUUCUAAAAAAGCUUUCAUACUAAAGAAAACAAAGCUAAUUAUUGGUGGCUGGAAACUUUUCUAUGUUACUGAAAGUCAGCAGGAGUUUUUUUGAAAGACAGAAGUUUAUUUGAAAUUCCAGAUGAAUGUUUUUAAAGUAAAAACAAGAACAGAAGAAAACUUCUUCUUUUUUUUACUGUUUGGUUGUUCUGCAUGAACUGAGAUGCUUCCAUAAGGACAGUCAACAAUGUACAUGCUGCAGAUUUGAAAGUGUAUAUUCAGACGGAUUUGUUUGUGUCUCGAUUAUAUCUGAGAAUUAAACGGAUCAUUGGUAAA